CUAGUACAUGAGAUGAAGGAGCAGGAAAAGACGUAUCAUUGUGCCCAAAAACCCCUCCACAAUUAGAGCAUCCCAAGCAUAGCCAAUUGGGAUCUCAGAAUCAACCCCACGCACACUCAUUUUAACCAAACUGCGCAAUGAAUCCUCAACACCCAAACAAAAGAACACUUUUUUUAUCACUUGUACAUUGAGUUUCCAAAUAUAAAUAUAUUGGUUAUCUUCUUGAGAAAACACCCCAACAAAGCUAAAAGCCAGAGAGAGAGAUAUCUUGACAUUCAAGAAGAAACUAAGAGGAAAAAUGCAAGAGGGUACUUUUUGUAAUUUGACUUUCAUUUUCUACUUCCUUCUUGUUCUUGGGUCCAGCUAUGCCAGGAUGUUACAAUCAGAAGUUGAUGAUAAAAAGAUGAUUGAAACAAACAAAGAUCCUUCACUCAAUGUUUUCUUCACUCCAAAUGAUCUACAACUUGGAAAAAGGAUGCCAAUCUUCUUCCCAAUCAAAAACAUUUCAGAAAUACCAAAACCUCUUCCCAAAAAAAUGGCUGACAAAAUCCCUUUUUCAGUAACAAAUCUCUCUUAUCUUCUUCACUUCUUCUCCAUCUCUAAAGAUUCUCCUCAAGCCAAGGCUAUGGAAUACACUCUCACACAGUGUGAGCUUGAGCCUAUGGAAGGAGAGACCAAGUUUUGUGCUACCUCUUUCGAAUCCUUGUACCGUUCGACACGUGGAUUUUUCGGGUCCGGCUCGGUGAAGGCUGAGGCUACUGUGUAUCCAAAGAACUUCAAAACAGAAUUGCAAAACUACACAAUCUUGGAAGAACCCAUCAAAAUUUGGGCUCCAAGAAUACUGUCUUGCCAUUUGAUGCCAUAUCCUUAUUUGGUUUUGUAUUGUCACAGCCAAGUGAGUGAUAACAUAUUGUAUAAGGUGAUUCUUGAAGGUGAAAAUGGAGAUAGAGUUAAAAGUGUGGCUAUUUGUCAUAUUGAUACUUCUGAGUGGGAUAGUGACCAUGUGGUUUUUAGAGUGUUGAAUGUUGAGCCUGGUGCUUCCUCUGUUUGCCAUUUCUACCCUCGAGAUAACAUUGUUUUUGUUUCUGAUGUUUGAGUAUUAGGAUAGAACAUGUAUGAAUUGUAGGUCUCAAGUGUUUUGUGUUUUCAAAAUGAUGUAAACUCUUCGUUUGUUCAUGUAAAAUA